GUUUUUCGCAAACCGUUUAACGAUGGGAAGGAUGGCGAGGAGUUGCCUACAGUCGCUGCUGAAACUCGUCAAUUCGAUUCUUGGGAUGAUUGGGAUUGCGAUUAUUAUUUACAGUUUCUGGAUGUUUAGGGUUUGGCAGAGACACAUAGAUGGGUCUCCUUUCGUUGAUUCUAAUUUUCCUAUUCCAUGGUUUAUCUAUGUAUCUCUUGGCCUUGGAAUCACUUUGUGUGUGAUCACGUGCUCUGGUCAUAUUGCUGCAGAGACUGCAAAUGGUCAUUGCCUUUCUUGUUAUAUGGUGUUUGUCUUCUUGCUUCUAAUGUUGGAGGCUGCAGUGGCCGCUGAUGUUUUUCUAAACAGCCAUUGGGAAGAGGACUUCCCCGAGGAUCCCACUGGGGUAUUUGAUAAGUUCAAAGAUUUCAUUGACUCAAAUUUUGAUUUCUGCAAAUGGAUAGGCCUGUUUGUUGUGUCUGCACAGGGAUUGUCAGUCUUAUUGUCCAUGGUUCUCAGAGCACUCGGGCCAGAUCCUGGAAGAUAUUAUGAUAGUGAUGAUGAUUAUGCUCCAGUCACGCUUCCGCUCUUGAGGAACCCUGUUCAGCCACCCCCAUAUGUUGUCAUUGACCCCCAGUUUGCCCCAAAAAAUGAUGCUUGGAAUGGGAGGGUUUACGAUAAGACAAUCAGGUAAAAAUGAUGUUGAGGUGUAUCGACUGGUAUGAAGAUGGAGUUGCAUUUUAUGGGUUUAUAAUGGUGAAGUUGAGUCGGUAAAAAACGUGCAAAUCUGCAGAGCUACAACUUACCUGUUGUUUAAAACAUGUCUCCGAGCUUCUUGUGUAAACUUAUUCCUGUUAAUGUAUAUGACAAUGAUGCAGCAGAUCUUUGGAUGUCUGAAA